AUGGCCGACGUUGCUACCGCCGCCACUCCCGACGUCCCCACCGGACAGGAGCACAAGUACCACUUUAACAUUGUCAUGAGCUGCGGCGGCUGCUCCGGUGCUGUGGACAGGGUUUUGAAGAAGCUCGAGGGCGUCAAAUCCUACACCGUCUCCCUCGAAACCCAAACAGCCACCGUUAUCGCAGAGGACUCCCUCCCUUACGAAAAAGUCCUCAAGACCAUCGCCAAGACGGGCAAAAAAGUCACAAAGGGCGAGGCCGACGGCGAGGAGAGGAGCGUCGAGGUUCCCAAGGAUGAGUAG